AUGGCGCUCCGAUCUCGACCCCAGAUAUUCGACGUACUCAUCAUCGGCUCAGGUCCUGCAGGACUUAAUGCGGCGCUCACUUGCGCAAGAACACGCACCAAAGCCCUCGUAUUCGACAACCAACAGUAUCGCAACGAAGGUGUCACGCACAUGCAUACUGUAGCGUCCCGCGACCACUUCAACCCCAGAGAGUUCGGCCGCAUAGCCCGUGAACAGAUCGAAUCCCGAUACGAUAGCGUAUGGUUUCAAUCCGCUACAAUCACCCAUGCAUCGAAGAAACAACUGUCGUUGCCAGAUCAGAAGGACUUGUACGAUGGCUUCGAAGUCAAGGACAGUGAAGGCCACUCGUACGAGGGCAAGAAGAUCAUCCUGGCCACUGGUUCGAAGGAUAUCCUUCCCGACGUUCAAGGUUACAAAGAGAACUGGCCAGACCACAUAUACCAAUGUCUAGCUUGCGAUGGCUACGAGCAAAGAGGGAGUGCAGUCGGCAUACUGGAUUUCGAUAAUCCCGGAUACGCACAUAUGGUCCAAAUGGCAGUCCCUCUAGAACCUGUCUCAAUUACCUUGUUUACCAACGGACCCAUCAAGAAGGAAGCGCCAAUGCAAGACGCUUUGAAGCUCGCAAAGGCUUUCGGUGCAACGCUCGACGAGCGGAAGAUCGUUCGCAUGGUGAACAACGGCCCAAGUCACAUAGAUGGCGUCACAAUCCAUUUUGAGACUGGAGAACCAGUCACUCUCGGUUUCCUCGUUCACAGACCUAUUACGGUCAAUCGCGCGCAACAUCUCAUCGAGCAGCUUGGCGUCGAGACAGUGGAUCCAGCGAUGGGCGGACACAUCAAGAUCGCAAACGCAAUGUUCAACGAGACCAGUGUCAGAGGUGUGUUUGCAGGCGGUGAUACUAUGGUCAUGAUGAAGCAGGUUGCGAUUUCCAUGGCGGAUGGACUCAAAGCUGCCGCAGGUGCAGGAAUGCAGAUUGCACAGGAGAAGGCUAAGGGUUUAGCCAAGGCUUUUGAAGAGAGGGAGGGUACGAUCGAGGGAGAGAAAGAUAAGGCGGAGGUGGCUUCGUACUAG